AUGAAUUUGCUGCGCGGUGCCAGAGCUGCUGCAGCAGCUGCAGCAGCUGCAGCAAGUGCAGCAAAUGCAGCAGCUCCUGCUGAUGCAGCAGUUGCAGCAACUGCAGCAGCUGCUGCCGCUGCAGCAGAGGCGAGGCUGGCAGCAUCAGCAGGUGGCAGCGCAGCAGCAGCGGCAGAAGCAGCAGCACCAGCAGCUGCAGCAGCAGCAAAAGCAGCGGGAGCAGGAGCAGCAAAACUGCGCAGCGCCGCAUGUGUGGCCUUAGAGCAGCCGCAGAACAAUGGCUUCGUGACCCAGCAGCAGCAGCAGCAGCAGCAGCAGCAGCAGCAGCAGCAGCAGCAGCAGCCACAGCAGCAGCAGCAGCAUCGAGGUGCCCUCCGUAUUGACCUUGAGAGCCCAAAGGGGCAGCAGCUCAUCCGUUCAGUGGGUGCUCUCAUGCUUCAUAGAAAGCAGCAGCAGCAGCAGCAACAGCAGCAGCAGCAACAGCAGCAGCAACAGCAGCAGCAACAGCAGCAGCAACAGCAGCAGCAAAAGCUGCUGGUGCAGCGCGAUGGAGGCCCCCAGCAGCAAGUACCCCAUAGGAUGAGGUGGCGCCCAGCUGUGCCCUGUGGGCGGCUCUCAACAACAAUAAGAGCAGCAGCAGCUGCUGCUGCUGCUCCUGCUGCUGCUGCUGCUGCUGCUGCGCAAACGAAGCUAGCAGACUCACCGGCAGCUGUUGCUGCUGCAGCACCGACCUCGCCAGCAGCAGCAUUUGCUGCUGCGAUGCCCACGGGCCUCCCGCUGCAGGCAGUGGCUGAGGUGAAGAGGCACUCUGCUGCUGUUUUGCGUUUGCUGCUGCAGCAGCAGCAACAAGUGGGCCCUGCUGCUGCUGCUGCUGCUGCUGCUAAAGGCGCCUCGGAGCUGCCCCGUUUCCCCCUAUUGGCAGCAUUCUUGCACGACGUGGCAGCAGCAGAGCAGCAGCUGCAGCAGCAGCAGCAGCAGCAACGCGGAAGCAGAGCCACCACGAGGCGGCAGAGCCGUUUGCUGCAGCUGCAGCAGCAGCUGGAGAUGCACCACAGCAAGUUCUUCGGGCUGCAGCAGAGAAGAGACCUUGAAGGACUUAAAGCAGCAGCAACAGCAGCAGCAGCAGCAGCAACGGGGAGCAGCAGCAGCUGCAAGUUGCUGCCGCGGCCUCUCUGUUUGCUGCUGCAGGAGCUGCUGCAGCGCGCAGCACCGAGAGCCUCACUGGCUGACAUCGAGCAGCUGCUGCAGCUCUACGUGACCAGUGGUCAGCAGCGCAUGCUGCAGGCAGCAAGCAGCAGCAGCAGCAGCAGCAGCAGCAGCAGCAGCAAAAAGCACCUGCUAGAGGCAGGGCAAGACACUGCGUGGCUCCACGAAGUGUUUAGCCCAGGCUUGCUGCUGCUGCUGCUCAGGACGGCGCAGCGCCGCCUGCAGCAGCAGCAGCAGCAGCAGCAGCAGCAGCAACGAAAGCAGCAGCAGCUGCAGCAGCAGCUGCCAAGGCCCGGCACUCCCCACGCUGGGCAGAGUGCUGCGCGCGUCGCGCAGCUGGCAGCAGCAGCAGCGCAGAUCUGCGGGGGGGCUGCAGCAGCAGCAGCAGCAGCAGCAACGGAAGCAGCAACUGAUCCCAAGCCCGCAACAGCUGCCAUAGAAGCAGCAGCAACCCUGCAAGCAGCAGCAACAGCUGCAGCAGCGGCACCGCAAGCAGAAGCAAUAGCUGGAGCAGCAGCACGGCAAGCAGAAGCAACAGCUGCAGCAACAGCACCGCAAACAGCAGCAGCAUCUGCUGCACCACCCGAAGUAGCAGCAGCAGCAGCAGCUGCAGCAGAGUUGUCUAGAUUGGCAGCACUUUGUGGCGCAGCUGCACCAGCAACAGCAGGACUCUCCGCACUGGAUAAAUCCGCAGCAACAGCGGUAGCAGCAGCAGCAGCAGCAGCAGCAACAGCAGCAGCAGCACCAGCAGCAGAUAGCCGAAAAGCUGGGGGCUUAUGCAGCACACGCCUUGGGCGCCGCACGCUGCGGCGCUGCUGGAGCCUCGUGCUGCUGAUGCAGCAGCUGCAGCGGGAGCAGCAGCAGCAGCAGCAGCAUGCACUCAUUCCGCGUCUGUCUACGCUGCAGCAGCAGCAGCUGCUGCUGCAGCGAACUGGAGACGCCCGCAAGGUGCAGGUUAAUCUCUCGGAGCUGCCGCUGCCGCAGCUGCUGAAGUUAACAGCAGACCUUAUCUGCGUGCUGCUGCGGCAGCUGCAGCAGCAGCGGAAGCAGCUGCUGCUCCAGCAGCAGCAACAGCUGCUGCUGCUACAGAAGGAGCAGCAACAGCAGCAGCAGCCAGAAGAGCUCGCGCCGCAGGGGCAGGAGCAUGUGCUGCAGCAAACCAAGGAACUGCAGCUGCAGCAGAAGCAGCAGCAGCAACAGUUUCAGAUCGAGCUACAGCUGCUGCUGCUCUCGGCCGAGGUGCUGCUGCUGAAGUUGCGGCAGAAAAGCGGCAGCAGCAGCAGCCCAAACACCAGCAGCAGCAGCAGCAGCAGCAGCAGCUCUUCCUCGCGGCGGCACCUUGUCCGCUGCAUCUGCGCUUUAGCUCGCCUACAGCGUGUUGCGGUGCAGCAGCAGCCGCAGCAGCAGCCACAGCAGCAGCACUUCACUGCAGCAGCUGCAGCAGCAGCAACAAUUGUGGGUCCCCUCAGCCUCCUGCUGCUUCAGCAGCUGCUGCCGCAGCAUAUCUUGUCUUUGUCUUUGUGGGAGUUUCUGCAGCUGUUUGCUGCAGUGGCGGAACUGCUGCCGCUGCUGCUGCACCUAACGCAGGACGCCCGCACAGAAGCCUUGGCUGUUGCUGCUCCUGCUGCUGCUGCUGCUGCUGCUGCUGCUGCUGCUGCACCAGCGGCCGGCCUAGGUGCGGCUCACUUUGUGCUGCACAAGCACCUCAGCAAGCUGCAGCAAACAGCAGCAGCUCUUCUGCAGCAGCCGCUGCCCUCAGAGCCUCUGUUGCCUGCUGCUGCAGUACCCAUCCUAGCGAAGGAAGCAAGGAAGAUCCAGCAGCAGCUGCAGCACCAGGUGCUGCUGCUGCAGCAGCAGCAGCAGCAGCCACAUGAAGAAGCAGAAUUGUCGCGUGCAGCCCGAAGGGCCCUACCGGAUCUGCCCUUAGGUAGCUACCCGCCUCAUUUGCUUUGUGCUGCUGACGUUGCUGCUCUGGCAGCUACAUACGAAAGUCUUGCUGCUGCUGCUGCUGCUGCUGCUGCUGCUGCUGCUGCAAGCGAAAACAGUAAAGUUUUUCUGUGCCUGUACUGA